UUUACAAAGAAGCUGAGAGAUAAGGAAUUUUGAUCCUCACUUCUGAUGGUUACACGAAUAUUUAUACUAAGCUGCAGGGGGAAAAACCGCCGCUUGCCCAUGUUGAGGCACGUUCCUGGGUGGCCGGCUAUGGCAGCUGCAAAAUUUGAGAAGACGGAGGAUGAAUGGAGGGCCAUCAUCUCCCCCGAGCAGUUUCGGAUCCUCCGAGAAAAGGGCACCGAGUUGCGUGGUACAGGAGAAUAUGACAAGUACUUCGGGGACGACAUCUACAAUUGCACGGGCUGUGGCACGCCGCUCUACAAGUCUACGACCACGUUCGACUCGGGGUGUGGGUGGCCCGCCUUUUACGAAGGUUUCCCGGGGGCAAUCACCCGGUCUCCGGACCCUGAUGGGAGGAGGACUGAGAUCACCUGCACUGCCUGCGGCGGGCACCUUGGCCAUGUCUUCAAAGGAGAAGGCUACAAAACACCCACGGACGAACGCCAUUGUGUGAACAGUGUUUCGAUCAAGUUUGCUCCUGCAAGUUCUUCCGAUUCCUGAACUCGUGCGUUUCUUCCUCUUUUGGAACUGAAAAAAAUAAUCUCUUGCUGUUUGU